AUGUGUAUACCAUGGCCAAUUUUAGAACCACUGCAAAAUUCAAACGAAAAGUUUAAUAGUGUCGGAUUGAUUUAUGGAAUAAAAGAUGAAAAUGUUCGUCGAAAUUUAGGUUAUGAUAUCGAAGAACAUAAAUCAUUGAAUAGAAACAAACGAGCAUUUCGAAACAUGUUAAAACAACAAUACAAACAAAAUAAUCUUUUACGUGAAGAAGUUAAAUUCGAUCGUAAUCGACAAAAGACAGCAAGUUCUACUAAUAAUCGAACACCAAUAGUACAACAAAUAUCAGUUACUUCUCCUAAAGCAAAUCUUAAAACUAUUGAAUACAAAGAUUUCAAUAAUAAAAAUCAAAGAAUAUCUGUAAAUUCUAUAAAAGCUCAAGAUCAAAAUGCACCAACAAACAGACUUGGUGGUAAUCGUACAAUAUCACGACAGUCGUCUAUUGUCAAUUCAAAACGAUCGUCAACCUUCUCGAGUGGUAACUCCAAUAUUGAUAAACCUAUUAGACUUCGUUCUAUGCAUGUGUCGGAGAUUAGUAGACGCAUGAAAACUCAUGAAACAUCUCCUCAUACUGAAGAAUUACUUUUGACACCGAUGACAGAUCAUUAUGUACCACAACGCACACCUUCUCGUGUAACUCCGCAACAACAACAAUUAAACAUCUAUACAGAAAACGAUGACAAAAGUGUUCUACUAUCACCUCAAUCUUCCGAAAUUUAUGGAUAUCGAAUUUCAUCGAACAAAAUGUCACGUAAAACUAGUCAAAGUUUAUCACCGACACACAAUAAAUCAAUAAAUACUAAGCAAUCACGCGAAUCAAUUGAAUCUCGUAAAAAUCUAUCCAUAAACGAUGUUAGAGACAUAAAGAGUACAACAAGUAUUAAACAAAGUAAUGAUAAACAAAGUGUUCAAAAAUAUAUUAGUCAAACUCCGAUCUCAUAUCAAACACAUGUGAGUAAACUUUUGUAA